UCCAUGUCACCAGCUGAUAUGGAUGAUAAUUAGAAAGAAAAAUAGUGAUGUGCUAAUAUUUAAUAUUCAUUUCACAUUUUGGUCCGUUAUUUAGUGUUAUAGUAUGUUAUUUUUAGUUAUUUUGUCGUUCAGUUAUUGUCGAUCGUACAGCAAGAUAACAACAUUCACUGUUUUUGUGUAAUGCGGCAAUUCGUCGGCAAUGCCUUAUUUAUCGGCAACCCGGGAGAACGGCCACAGCGAUAGUCGACUCAAGUUGUUCAAUGGUCUGUUUCGGUGGAAAAAAACAGAAAAAGAAAAACAAAAAGCCAGGCAGCUAAGUAAAAGUGAAGUUUGCAUAGCAACAUCGAUGUCUGUGAAAACAAGAAAUUCGUGUCCUGCGUCUCCUGCUCUUUCUAUGCCCAGAUCUAGAGACGUUUUCCAGGACAUGGAAGCGCUUACAAUCUCUAGACAUGACAAUCCAUAUUUACAGAAAAAAAUUUUAGCAAGCCGAGAGAGCUUAUUAGAUGAUAAUAUUGUUGUAUCAGAGACGGAUGACAUAGACAUGAUGGCUCAGGAAUACUUAGCUGAUAUGGGUCCAGGUGCUUUAAUAGAGCUUCAUCAACAUAUGGUAAGAAGUCCGCCUCCAACUACUUGGCCUCGUAUACCUAUAUUUAAAUAUGACGAAAAGGACCAAUCUCAAGAUCUUUAUGGAGAUAGAUGUAAAAGUCCACAUGGCCGGUCGUUUCUCCACAGCUCCUGUUCAAGUGGUUCUUCAAGCUGUGUUGUUUCACCACGAUAUAACCAUCAGUCUAGAUGUCACAGAUCGGCUAGUGAAUCUCGAGGUAAACACGUUUAGACCUUACCUAUACACCUCGUAAAUAUUGUACGAUUGAAUAAAUCUUCCAUAUAAUAUUGGGUAUUUGUGUAAAAUUACGCAAAAUCAAUUUCGGAUUGAAGAUCUAGAAAAAUGAAGUAUAACCUAGGUUUACUUUUUAACUCACUGUCACUUCGUUUUAAUUAACUAGUAUAUAUUGGCUAGUAUAUAUAGCGGUGUAUAUGAGGAAAAUCAAAAGUUCGUGAAAGAGGGCUUCUAGUGCUUUCAAUAUGUAUGUAUCUCUGGUUUUAUCUAUAAAAUUAAAAACUAUUGAUAAAUGAAAUUAUAAUGUGCAAUAAAAAAUGAAGUAGUAAAUUGUUAUGUACUUAUUCUAUAAUAUUGUAUCAUUCUAUUGAUUACGAAUCAGUGUUCAUAAUUGGUAUUAAUUAAUUAUCAUUAUUAUUUUUAUAAACAUUUUUUUUCUACAUUACAUUAUAUUUUCUAUUUAGAAAAGUUUAAUUUUUAAUACAUUUUUUUUUUCAAAACUAUACUGUCUAUAAGUACUUUAUAUUUUGUUUAUUAUAUAUAUUUAUUAUUUUUACGAUAUCAUACAUUUAGUUUAAUUACAUAAAUUGUAAUUCUUGAUUAUAUAUCAAAAUGUAUUUUUUUAAGAUUCUAUUUUAGAUUACAUGUAUAAUGUAUACUGUAUUUGGUAUAAAAUCAAUUUUAAACUACGCAUAAUAUACAAAAAUUUAGUAUCUCCAUUUUCCGUAGAAUUUAUUAAUAAUUAAAAAAACAUAAAUCAAAAAUUAAAUUUAUUAAUCAAUAAUAAUUAUUUAUUACAUAUACACAGUUCGAGUGAUUUAUACUUAAUCUUAUUUACAUUUUUUUUAUCAUUUUUAAUUAAUUCAAUUUUGUUUUAAAAUAAGAAUAAAAAUCAAUUUAAUAACAUUCAAAUUAUUUUAUUAAUUAAAAUUUGUUGAAAAAUUAAAAAAAAUCAUAAAUCUAUAUAUAUAAAAAUGGAGCCAAAAAUGUAUAACAUUUUAUCAAUUGAGAACGGCUGGGUUGAUUUGGUUCAAAUUUUUUUUUAAUUGUUCUUAAUUGCAAGAAGGUUUUUACGAAAAACAAUUUUGGAAAACCCCUUUUUAAAUUUUUUUUUAAACAUUUUUUUGAUGAUUGAUUUUUUGAAUUCCGGAAUCCUGAAUGUUUUGUCGAAUUGAAAAAGCUACAUCAAGCUUUAGCUUAUAAGUUAUAAGAGUAUUUUCUUUUUGGCAAAACAACGUUUGCCGGGUCAGCUAUAAUUAUUAAAUAACAUUGUCUUUAAUGAAUCUACUUAAAGAAUAAUUAUUGUGAUGUUGCUCAUACGUCAUUACAUAAUGUACCUAUGAUAGCCAUAAUUUUAAAAUUUAUAUAUUCGUACAAUAUUAUUGCAAGUUGCCAUUGAUUAAAUAAAAUUGUUCGUUUAUUUAAUCAAUACACGAUGUCAUAUAGAUUCACGUAAUAUCGUAAUAUUAUAACAAUUUAUGUAUAAAUGUAUAAUAUGCAUUAUGGCUAAUGUACCUAGUAUAGCAUUUGUACAUCUUAUAAGUUAUAUUUUACUAAAAGCGGCCUACAAUAAAUUUAAAAAAAUUUAUUUUUUCCUAACAUAAUUCAAAUUAAAAAAAUAAAUAAAGCUUAGAUUAUGAACCUUUCCCAAAUAAAAAUUUAAUAAUAAUUUUUGCUGUAUAAAAGUUAAAUAUUUAAUAUUAAUUUAUAGUGUUUUGUAUAUUUGUGUAUAAGUAUCUUUAGGUAUUAUAAAUUGUUUAAAAUAAUUAUGGCCUCGAGUUAACUCAAGCUACAGAUGAAUGAUUUACUAUAACUUAUAAGAUUACAUAAAACUAACCAUUCGUUUUUACUAAAUAAUGAUAGAAUAAAUCUUUUUUUUUUAAUAUACUAAUUUUAUUAACAUUCACUUAUUUCUGUAAUCAAUAGUCAUAUAAAUUAAGUUUCGACCAAUAAAUAAUUAUAGCCGAGAUAUGAUUUUAUUUUUAAUUCGCAUAUAAUAUGUAAUACAUUGAGAUCGAGCUUUUAAAACUGUAGAUUUUUAUAUUAUAAUUUGUGAUUAAAAAAAAUUAAUUUGUUUUAAAAUAAUAAUAUUAUAAAAUUUUAGUUCUAUAUUACGUUAAAGCCAUAAAGGAACGAAAAGGGUUUUUAUAUAUGAUUUGUAUUGUAUUUAAUUAUCUAUAUUCUAUACAGCAUAACUGGUUAAUUCAUUAUGUAGUAUAUAUAUUGUCAUGAUAUUUGUUAUUUGUUUAUAAUGCAAUUAUGCAAAAAACGUAUAGUACUUAUAGAUGCUAUUAAAUCCUAGCUGGUCUUUAUCCUCUAUUAUCAGUUGUUGAGUUAUAUAAUCAUUGUUACUUAAAAUAUCAGAUAAAAUAUUAUUUUAAUUAAUUUAUAAUUUGCUACCACAGUUGUCGACUCUCGCUCAAAAAAAAAAAAAAAAUUCAGAUGUAGAUUUUGUUGCAUAUGUUACCCCUAUUAUACGUAUGAUUAUAAUAUGAUUUAUAUAGAUUAUAGCCUUUAGGUAUGUUUAAUAUCUUUUUAGAGUUAAAGUAAUGUUUAGUAUCGGUCGAUAAAAUUAUAUUUUGUUUCCUAAAUUUUAGCUAUAAAUAUUGAUGAUUUAAUAUUUAAAAGUAUUUACCCACCUAAAACCUAACUAGUAUAUAUAUUAGUAUAUAUUAUAUAGGCAUUUACUCAAUAUACCUAAUAUUACAUUUUAUUAUAAAUUUAAGUUUUCUCAUCUUCAAAAUCAGAUUGUUAUUAAGUAAAAAUAUGGUUAUUAUUUAAAUGCACAAUAAUAAGUAUUAUCAAAUAUGUAUUUAUAAUAUUAACAUUUUAAGUUUCAAAUCAUGUUGAAAGGGUUAUGUAUAUUAAAUAUUUUAAUUUAUACCUACAUUGUAAGUUUUUUGUAGUAUUAUAGAGUUUUAAUUUCUCAUUAAAAUUGGGCUGUUCAAAAUUAUUUUCAGAGUUUUUGGUGCUUUGUUUGUUAAUUGUUUCAAAAUGUUUUAUUUAAUUGCUGGUGCUUUUGAGUUAUUGUUUUAUUUUAUUUAUAAACAUGUGAUCCAAUUUUAUCCAAUAACAGGUUUUAUUUAAUAAAUGUUAGUUGUUAUACAUAUUUAAAAUGUAUUAAUUAUUAAAAAUAUUUAUGCAUAUCGCAUAUCUACGUAUUAUACCUUCUUAUAAUAAUUUAAAUUAUUCAAUAAUAAUGUUUUACAGUUUAUUUUCUCUAAACAACAUUUAUGGUAAAAUGUUUAACCUUUAAAAUAUGUAAUAAAAACACCAAUUUUGAAUUACCUACUAUAUUAUAAUAAUUUUUACUCUUUUUAUUUUAGAUUUAUAUAAUCUAUAUAAUAUUAUAGUUCAAAUAGGUAAAAUGUUUUUUUUUAUAUAAACAUGUGGUUUUUUGUUACCAUUAUCUUAAAUCGGUUACUUUAUGAAGUAUGAAGUAUAUUAAAUUUAUAUGAACAUAUAUUAUGUAUAUAGAAAUGUUUUCAUUGUGGUAUAAAAUUUAGAAAAAAAAUUAAAAGUUAUCUGUUUAUAUUUAUUUGUUUUCAUACAGCAUACCUAUUGAAAUUGUAUUCUAUAGUUGAUUUUUUCAAUACAAACGAAUAAAUAUCAAAAAUAUUAUGGUAUCUAUAUUUUGUAAUAAAUAUUUAAUACGUUAUAAAUUAUUAAAUUAUCGCACAAAUUGUGGUGUUACAUAGAACAUUAUUGUAGGUUUUCCUUUAUUUAAUGCCUUGUGUAUGAUAUAUUGAUGUAAUGGUUAUGAUAAGAAGUAUAAUAUGUGAAUAAAAAUGUUAAGCUAAAUUCAAUUUUGUUGAAAUAAACGGUAGAAUAUAAUUUAA